UAUGUAUGUUAAAAUAGUUGGUUAUUUGGAUGAGCAAAUUAAGUAAAUGGAAUGUUAAUCUCGUACGUAGUAUAAGUAUCAGUGAAUAUGGAUCUAGAAGAAUUCGCGAGUCUUCAACUGGAUAAGCCUUUGCCUGACACAAGGGUACGUAUUACUUUUUUCUAUGUACAUUACUUUGUUAAAAAUAUUGAAUACUUUCUCAAGAAUUGCCCCUUUUCUAAUUAGGACGAAGAGCAAUUAAGAAAACAUACUCUAGACAUUAACUUAGAAAAGAAGCCUAUAGAAAGGGCGCUCCAUCUUCUUACGUAAGUACGUUAGAACGUAACCUUAACUCGAAGGAAUUAAUAUUAAUUGAUUUUCAUUAAGAAAAUUAAGAUUAAUACCAAGUAUCAAAAGAAAUUUAGCAUUAUAAUGGAGUUAUUAAUGAAAUAUACAAUUUGGUAUAUCGAAUCACGUCUCUCGGAUUAAUAUUUUAUAAACGUGGACUAAAAAGCAAUAAGAAAGAUUUAAUUCGUAAAAGAUAUUCAUUUAUCUCGCGUAGAUAAACCAGACGCAACGAAGACGAACCUUCGUCAGAUCGUAUAAAACGCGCUUCCUCGAAGGAUUGCACAAGGUGAAUAGUUUUGAUGUGCAAGCAUUCGUAUCUGCGUAUCGGAGAUAUUUAAUAAAUUUUCAAACGAAUUCGAUUAACCGCGUAUUAUAAUCUUGAUAUUGACUUUUAUCGAUAUAGCACACGAAGCUUCGGUCGAAAUAAUUAUCGAUGAAAAGGAUGAAUUAAAAUUAGAAAUGAAAAUUUCUUCAAAGAGGAAAAGAAAAAGAAAUCGAUAGGAUUGUAAGAAACAGUUUAAUCGGUAAUAGUCGUUAUUUCUUAUUACGUAAGCUCCUCUCCCACUUAUUGUUAGAAGGAGGAAUCUGUCACAUCAUUUACUACAUAUGAUUAUCUACGCAGUACGACUUCGAUAACGUUCGGUUAUGUUCGACUUUUCUCGUGAAUCGGCGCUACAGAAGUGUCUGAUACGACGAAGGAGGAGGCAGUGCGGCUCGCGAGUCACGACGGCCGAAUACUACACAGUGCUGUUUAUAUUGUUCUAAGAGUGGGUGUUAGUUGUUUUUUCGUUCAUUCAUUCGUUCGUUCGUUCGUGCGUUCGUUCGUGCGUGCGUUCGUUCGUUCGUUCGUUCGUUCGUUCGUUCGUUUGUUCGCUCGCUUGCUUGUUCGUUUCAUACCAUUCUUUUCUUAUUUGAUUUACGGAGAACGCAACAUCAUGAGAAAGGAACGCUGCAUUUUCCUUUCUUAUGGACUGGACGAAGAAGAUGAUAUUCUAAAUGAGAGCACAUCCGAUUCGAAAGGAGAAGAAAUCCAAAAGCUUAGCGUUAUACAAAAUUUACCAAAUCUUUUAGCUACGGACGCGCAAUCAUGUAUGUCAAGAGUAGUUCCCAAAAUGCAACAAACUCUCCCUACUGCUUCUACAGAAUUUCAUAUUGCUGCUUCGUCGACAUUCAAAACUAUAUUAGAACGAAAGCUUAUCAGCCAUACUAUCUUUAGUCAAACAUUCCUACAAAGUAUAUUGAACUCGCUUGAAAGUCGUGAUCCAGUGAUCUGUCAUGCAUGGCUGGAGACAUUAUUGGAUGUGAUAGAGUUAAUGCCAAUAGAAGUCAUAAAAACACAGAUUCUUCCAAUGGCUAUAAGUAAAGGACAACUGUCACAACCAAUUUAUUGUAGGAUGAUGUGCAGCAGAAUAUUAGGAAAAAUUUGUACAAGAUUUAGUUCCGAUAUGAUAUAUAAAGAAGUCCUACCAACAGUACAGUCCCUUUGUCAAGAUGUGAAUAGUGAAGUACGAGCUAGUAUUUGUUUGCAACUACGUUUUGUUGCUGAGGGUCUUGGUACUGAAUCUUUAAAAUCUGCUCUGCUACCAUCUCUUGUAGAAUUAGCAAGGGAUGAGGAAAGCAACGUACGGUACUCAUCUGUGCAGACAAUAGUAUACUUGCUACCUCAUUUUCAAGAUGAUACAAUAAAAACCAUCAUAUCUCCACUUAUCAAAAAAUUGUGUGAAAGUGCUAGUAAAUUAGAAGAUAAUGUGAUAUGUAUAAUUGCUCAAGAAUUUGGAAAGCUUGUUCUUGGUUUAGAAAAGUACCUAUCAGCUGUAGAAAAAUCAUGGUUCUUGAAGUAUUUUCAACAACUUGCACAGAUGGGUAUUCCGACUAUGAGGAAACAAAUUAAACCAGACCUUCCUUUACUUGAUAAUAAUUCUGUUGAUUAUGAAAGAUGUUUGGAAUGUCGACGAUGUUGCGCAUUUAAUCUACCUGCUAUGUUCAUCUUUACAUCAGCUUCUGCAGAAGACGUGGAUUCUUUACUCUCCACUCUUAGUGCUUUAACCAAUGAUUCUUAUUAUAUAAUUAGAAAAACAGUUGCAGGUGGAAUCCACGAAGUUGCAAAAAUAUUAGGAAUGAAAAGUGGCAAAAUCAAAGCUGAUUUCGUAAAAUUGCUAAAAGACGAUCCUGAGGAAGUAUUACAAAAAUUAGUUCCAAACAUAUCAUCAACACUUGAAUCUUUAGUUCAAAGUCAAAUUAUUGGAACAGAUAAAGUGGAUUCUACCUUAAUGGAAAUAGGCAGGGCUUUGUUGAAAUGCGAAGCAGAAAUUGCAGCUACAAAUAAUUGGAGACUGGCUUCUACUAUGCAUGCACAACUUGAAAUAUUACCCAAAUGUUUUCCCAGUGACUUUAUAUUUUCUUAUUUUGUACCAAUGAGUUCAUCUAGAAUCUUGCUUGCAAGGCCAUUACCAGUACGUCUUGCCGCUGGAAAAUUGCUUCUUGUCUUUCUACGGUACAAUACUAAGCUUAUCCAAAGAGCAGAACUUCGAAAUAAAAUCAAUGUUGAACUAGCUAAUAAUCCCGAUUGUUAUGUGAGAAUGAUGUUCGUCCGUAUGAUGGUAGAAGCAUUGACCAUGUAUUCUUCUACUUAUUUUAAAGAACACUUUUUUACUAUGUUAUUAAAUCUUAUUGAGGAUUCUGUAGCUAAUAUCAGAUUAAAAGUAGUGUCUUUAUUACCCAUUUUAAAGAGUCAACUUUGGAUACCUACAGAUAAAAAAUUAUUGACAGCAUUAGAAACAAGAGUCAGACAUUUAAUGAACACUGAAAAGGAUAAAGAUGUAAUAGCUACGUUAACGAGCGUUAUUCAGAAGUUAGAACAAACGGAUGUUAAAUAUGAGAGGCAGAGUACUUCAAGUAAAAUAACUAAGCAAGAUUUAGAAGAUGCUAGAAAAUUAGAGGAAGAAAAAAAGCUAUUAAGUUUGAGCUCUGGAAAGACAGCUGUUUCUACUGGAGCAACUUCGAAAAAAAUUAUCAGUCCUCCUGUACGAGGACGAGUAGUAGAAGGAACAACAAAGACAUUAGCACAAUCUCGACCGAAAGUAGAACAGUCUCCGCAAUCGGCUAAAGCACAUAAUAUAACUAAGUCGCCACCUGUGAAACAUAUUACAACUCCACGGCAUACACCAGAAACUUUAAAAAGCAGUAUUUCUAGCAACAACUUAACAAGAGAUUGGUCUAACAAAAUGCACCUGAUACAGUAUCUGGAAAGAAUGGGUCAAUCCUCUUCAACCAUUAAUGUAUCCUCUUUAUUUAGAUGGCCACAUUUGUGUGAUCUUGAACAUAAGGGAUUCACAUCUCAUUAUUGUACAUGUUACAAUAUAGAUCCGCAACACUUAUAUCCUAGAAGUGAACUAAAGCAAGAUAUUCUAAAAAGUAUCCUAACAACAGAUCCUUGCUCACAAAAAGCUUCUACUAACAUUGUUGUCAGUGAUAAAACCCCAGUCAUUGCAAACUUUCCUAUGAAUUAUAACAACUCUUGUUGGGCUUCUAGUUCUGUGCAUGAGAUACCUGUAACGCUGUCAGACAACGAGUUCCUAGUGGAUGCAGGUAUUAGAAUACCAAAACUUUCUUCACCCAAAAAUACACCAAAGUGUCCAGUGGAAAACUUAAAAGUAGCCAUUACAAGAAUGAAAAGAGACUCUGAUGGGGAGCAAUCUUGGAGAAGCACUGCAAGUUAUAAAGGAGUAGAAUCUAAAAGACAUUCUUCCAUCGAAUACGAGGACCAUACCAAACCAAUCGCAAAUACGACUGAUCAAUUGAAAACUAUACGUUCUAUGGAUUAUGAAGAAGGUUUAAGACAUCGGAAUAUGUUAAAGGAAAAUUCGAAUGAGCAAUUAAUCGUUAACUCAGAAUCGAGAACUGAAAGGUAUUCAGUAUUUCGUCGUAAAUUAAGAUUUGGAUUUGAUGCGAAUCAAGGAAGAUCUAUAGAUGACAAAGCGAAGAGAAAUUCGUUAAUAUUAUACAAAGAUAAAACAAAAAUUACCCAACCCAAAUGUGGAAUAGAAACUCUUAAACGACAUUCUAUGAAUUCUGGUUUGAAACACCCAGACUAUUCUAAGGAUUCUAAACAAAAGUUUAAACGACAUAGUUUAGAUAUGACAGAUUAUUUUGGUCGAAAUUUAAGACGAUAUUCAACUUUGGAUGUAAAUCAUAAUCAAGGAGUUAGUAAAAUUCCCCUAAGAGGUAUUGUAGUAUCAGGUAGUAAAACGGCACCAACUACUAGAGCUUCCAGUCCUGUUUCUUUAGGAUCUGUAAUCAGAUUUAAUAGUGAAGAGAUUGAAGAUGUCCCAAGUUCUACUACCGAAAGGCAUUUAACAAGAAGUUUGAGUAAUGAACAACUCAAUAAAAUACGUCGUAUACUUGUAUUUUCACGUAAUACACCAGUUAAUACAACCGAGCUACAAUGUGGUGGAUGUUGAUGAUUCGAAGAAACACAAGUUAACUUGAUGGAAGAUUACGCUUGAAUCAUGAAAGGAUCAAAAUAUAUAAUGCAAUUCUGUCUUUAUCAAUCUUGCUUAAAAUACUGCUAUUUAUUUUUGUACAGAUUUAUCAUAUGUAAUGACUUUGUGCCAGAGAAAAAUAUCUAGUAUAUGUAUGAAAAAUCAAGUUGAAACAUAGCAUAGAAAUGAGCUUGUGCAGAUAUAUAUAGUACUUGUGUAAAUGGAUGCAUAGAACAUUUUGUUUUUUACUUUUUACAACUUUAAAGACAUACUUAUACAUUUUACUUACUUUAAAACUUGCAGAAACAAAAUUCUUUCAUAAGCAGAAAAAUGUGUCUAUUACUUAAUAUUAUUUUAAAAUUGAUAAAAGAUAAAACUGAUAAGAGAUUAUUAUUACGAAAAAAUUAUUAUAUAAAACUAUUACAUUUUGUAAAUUUUAAAUUAUUAUUUUCUCGAAAAACGAUGUUAUAUGCAUUCAUCUCUCAAUUACUUUAUUUCAUCGUAAAUAUUUAUAUAUUAUUAUUUUCUUUUGUUAGAAAAUAUUUUUUAAAACCAUUACAUAUAAUGAUUAGCUAUUCUCUCGUUCUUAUAAAAUGAUUUAUUUUGAGAAUUUGCUCUGUAUUAGAAAAAAGAGAAUCUGUGAUCAUAUAAAAUUAUUUAAAAAAAAGAAAUAAUGAAGUUAUGUUAACAAAAAUGUAAUAAAUAGAGAAUUCGUUAAAAAAUAUUUUUAUUAUUCAUACUACCGCUAAUAUAUAAAAAAUAAUAAAUAAUUGAAACUGUAUUUUUGUGAACUAGAUCCAUCUAUAAUAAAAAUAUAGUUAAAUGUGAUAAUUUCAACAAGAUAUUUAAAAAAAUAGAAAGUGAAUUUCUAGAUAAUUUGUACCAUCAACAUUACAAAUAUUACAAAAGUUGAUUGUAGUAUUUCAUAUAUCAUCACUGAAAAUGAAUCUACUUUUAUCAAAUAUUUAAGAUUAAUGUAGCAUUUACUUUAAAACGCAUUCUUUGCAAAUGUACAUUCAUACUGUUAUAAAUGUCUUGUCAAUA